AUGUCCGGUCAGGAGGUGUCGCCCUCGGGCGCAUACGACCCUCUGUAUCCCGAGCCGGUCGAGAACGUCUAUCAUAGGCGCAAGAUGUUCGAAUUUCGCGAAAGAUACGAGCCGAUCUUUGCCCGUCUACCAGAGCCAGUCAAGCGGGAGGCCAUGGCGGCAAUCAAGGCCAUUGCAAAGAGGAACCGCCUCACGUAUAUGGCUGCGCUCAACGACGACUUCUUGGACGACAUCCCUGAAAACCCGGUGGUCACGCACGAAUCCCGCAACCAGAUCAGAUGCCGCCUCAACAGCACAAACAUACCAGACGCGUCCCCUGCGAGUCCGUCCCCAGCAACCAGCGAGGGCAUGGACGAUCCUUCUGGUUCCGCGCAUUCAGACUCGGAUGGCAGUGGCAAUUCCAAACGCAAGAUUGAGACAAGAAGCUCCAAGAAGUCGUUGGGGGGUCUGGCUGAACCUACGACUCGCAGCGCGGCAAAUCGAACCCCGAUUCAGAAUCAAAAAAAGCGAUCCGCCAUUCCGGAGCCAUCUGUCUCCACGCGGAAGAAGCGGCAGCGGGGCCCAGGCGCGGCCGCUCAUCAUCCAUCGACUACCCAACGUGGCGAGGACGCAACGGCGAGCGUGGGCGACCAGGGCAGCCAAGAGAAUGAUGUCGUCAAACUCAAAGUCAAACUUAGGAAGGCAGAGGCCGUUAACGACCAUCUGGAGGCAAAAGUGAUCGGGGAGGGGCAGGAAAUUAUGGCUCUGAAAGAACGAGAGAAGUCGACUGGCGAAAACCUCGAUCAUAUUCGGGAGGAGAAUGCCAAACUGCAGACUCAGCUUAAGACAGCUGAGGAAGAGCGGAAUGGCGCACAGGAGGAAUUCAACAGGCUUAAUGAUCUGGUACGAGCCCGGCUUGAAGAGUCACGUCGGGCAAUCGGUGAGGCCAUUCAGGGAACCCAUGGUCUCUCGCUCGUUGUCGACGGUAUUAAGAGCGUGUUGCCUCCGCGACAGAACGACACAUAG